ACGGUUUUGCCGCCAUAACAGGUGUAACCGCCUGCCAGUUCAGAUUCUACCAGGAGCAGAUCUACACAGAACCAUGGCUUCAGAUAGUGGGAUAGAUAGUCAAUCCUCUCCGGAGGCAGAUAAAUCUACCAUGUCCCGAACCCAUCAGUACAGGAAGGUGAUGAAACCUAUGCUAGAACGAAAGAGAAGAGCACGGAUUAACAAGUGUUUGGACGAACUCAAGGAUCUCAUGGUGUCCGCACUACAGACGGAGGGGGAGAGUAUCACCAAGCUGGAGAAGGCCGACGUGUUGGAGUUGACCGUCAGGCAUCUUCGUAAGUUAAAGGCUCAGGGAGGAUUAUCCCUGACAAACUCAGGGUCAGAGAGAUUCCGCUCCGGGUUCAGGCUUUGUGUCGGAGAAAUAACAAGGUUUGUGACAAGUGGAACUUCCGGGAUUGAUUUAACUCUUUCAGCCCGACUUCUCCAGCAUAUGUCAAUCUGCCUACAGAGUAUGGAAGCCUCUACAAUGCAACCAGUUCCGUCUCAAAACUUUAAUCACGCAACCUCCCACCAACAAGACUUAAUCAGUCCUCUCAGAACUCUAUCAGAAUUCAUUUCUGCUGGUCGAGUGGAGAAUAUUAGAUAUUCUACGUCUUACUCCGGGUUCCAAGAACCUAUGGACACGAUGAAUUCUCCGUCUCCACGUCCUAGCUCCGCCCCCGCCACGGUUGUAAAGACGGAGAUAUCUGAUGAGAAAACCUGGAGACCAUGGUAGUGAAUCAAGAUAUUGUCAUCGUACAAUCAAAUCCUUAUACUUUCCAUCUGUGAUAACUUUAUAUCAAUAUAUUUUACAUAACUUCAUAAUAAAAUAUGAAAAAAGA